AUGUUGUUAUCAAUUUCAACAGUAUUAAUACUUACACAUCUCCCUUAUAUCUAUGCGAAUGUCGAUUUAGAUGUGUCUUAUAAACGAAAAUUGCCCAGCUCUGAUACGAAAGUUGACGAGUUACAACUACCAACUAUACCUGUACCAUUCAUUCACAUAAAACCGUCAGCAUUUGAAGAUGUGCAACGCUAUGCGGAAAAUGUAUUGCAAAGACACACUCUGAUGUCAGUGGUGUCGGAGAGUGCUGAUGAUGAACUAGAUGAACGGGAGGAAAUAGCGCAGAUUCUAGCUACAAUAAACAAGCUGGAGGCAGCCAGGGCUAGUUUAUCCACGGAAGAGCGUGUCACGAGAGCUUCAAUUACGAAAGGGAUAACAACUAAUGGAUCUUACAUACCCGUACCUUAUCCGGUUGCAGUUAAUCCUAUUUUUAGCUAA